AUCCUUAUCAGCCUCCAUAAUGGACGAAAACUGUUAUAACAGUCAAAUCAGUAUCUAUUUAGAUAUUAUUUUUUCGUAAAUUUUGAAAUAUUAUCAGACGCUAAAAUUAUUGUUUAAAAAUAUUGGAGCGGAUAAUUUUAUCAUUUCAAUCAGUUAUUUUGGUUAUAAGAAGUGAACUUGACUGUUAGUAGGCAUAAUAACUGUCAUGGCGACUAACAUGAAACAUGAAAGAUAGAAAUUCUUGAAAUGUUACCUCAGGACAGAGAUCAGAUACUAUUCGAGGCCAAAUGGCCAUCCAUGAGGCCAAUAAUUCUCAAGCUGCUGCAGCAAGAGACUGUCACUCCAGAGGAAUGGCAGGGCCUCUUCUACGCGGUGUACGUGGUUUGUAUGUGGGAUGACAAAGGCCCUCCCAAAGUCAAAGAGGCUCUUAAAGAUGAUAUCAUGGACUUUAUCAAGAAGGCCCAGAUGCGGGUGCUGUCCCACCAGGAGGACCAGGCCCUGUUGAAGGCCUACAUCGUGGAGUGGCGCAAGUUCUUCGCGCAGUGCGACUACCUGCCCACCCCCUUCCGCCAGCUGGAGACCUCCCUCAGCUCCAAGGCCUCGCCCGCGCUGCAGAAGAAGUCCCAGAACGAGGAGAGCAUCGUGCGCAAGUUGAUGCUCGACAGCUGGAACCAAAGUAUUUUCUUGGACAUCAAGAAGCGACUGCAAGACUCUGCCAUGAAGCUCGUCCAGGCAGAACGGAAUGGUGAAGCCUUCGACUCCCAGCUGGUCAUUGGUGUCAGGGAAUCCUACGUGAACCUGUGCUCGAACCCGGACGACAAGCUGCAGAUAUACCGGGAGAACUUUGAGAAGGCGUACAUUGCGUCGACGGAGAGCUUCUACAAGGUGAAGGCGCCGCAGUACCUGCAGAUGAACGGAGUCCACAACUUCAUGAAGUACGCAGAGACGAAGCUUCGCGAGGAGGAGCAGCGCGCGCAGAAGUACCUCGAGCCGUGCAGCGGCUCCGUCCAGGCGCUGAUGGAGUGCUGUGUGAACGUUUUAAUUUCGAAUUUCAAGUCCACCAGUCUUGCAGAAUGCUCUGGCAUGAUAAAAAAUAAUGAAACAGAAAAGCUGCAGCUGAUGUUCAAGCUGAUGGACCGAGUGCCCGACGGCAUCGCGCCCAUGCUCAGGGACCUGGAGGACCACAUCGUGAGCGCCGGCCUCGCGGACAUGGUGGCCGCUGCCGACAUCAUCACCCAGGACUCUGAGAAGUACGUGGAAAGACUGCUCGACCUGUUUCGCCAGUUCAGCCUCCUGGUGAAGCAAGCAUUCAACGACGACCCUCGCUUCCUGACUGCCCGCGAUAAAGCGUACAAACAAGUUGUUAACGAUACCAAAGUGUUCAGGCUAGAACUGCCCAGCAAGCAGAUGGCGGGGAACAAGUCCCAGCCCGAGUCCAAGUGUCCGGAGCUGCUGGCCAACUACUGUGAUAUGCUGCUGCGCAAGACUCCGCUCAGCAAGAAGCUCAUGUCCGACGAGAUCGAGAGCAAGCUGCGCGAUGUGCUGCUGGUGCUGAAGUACGUGCAGAACAAGGACGUGUUCAUGAGGUACCACAAGGCGCACCUGACGCGACGACUCAUCCUCGACACGUCCGCCGACUCCGAGAAGGAGGAGAACAUGGUGGAGUGGCUGCGGGAGGUGGGCAUGCCGGCCGACUACGUGAACAAGCUGGCGCGCAUGUUCCAGGACAUCAAGGUCAGCGAGGACCUCAACCAGCAGUUCAAGGAGCAGUACCGGAGCACCCGCGGCAGCAUUGCCGACUCCAUCAACAUAAAGAUCCUGAACGCGGGGGCGUGGGCCCGCGGCAGUGAGCGCGUCACUGUCUCCCUCCCCCUGGAGUUGGAGGACUACAUCCCGGAGGUCGAGGACUUCUACAAGAAGAAGCACAGCGGCCGCAAGCUCCAGUGGUACCACCACAUGUCCAACGGCACCAUAACCUUCACGAAUGCAAUAGGAAGGUUUGAUGUUGAUGUGACGACGUUUCAAAUGGCUGUGUUGUUUGCGUGGAACCAGCGACCGCAUGAGAAAAUCCCUUACGAGAACUUGAGGUUAGCGACAGAACUACCGGAUCCGGAGCUCAGGAGAACAUUAUGGUCACUGGUGGCGUUUCCUAAAAUCAAGAGGCAGGUUGUGUUGUACAGUCCCGAAGUCCAAUCGCCAAAGGAUUUCAACGAGAACACUAUAUUUUGGAUUAACCAAGAAUUUGCACUUGUGAAGAACGGCAAGUUGCAGAAGCGGGGGAAGAUCAACUUGGUCGGGCGGUUGCAGUUGUCGACUGAGAGGAGUAAAGAAGAAGAUAAUGAGAGCAUAGUUCACUUAAGGAUACUCAGAGUUCAGGAGGCGAUCAUCAAGAUCAUGAAGAUGCGCAAGCGCAUCUCGAACGCGCAGCUGCAGACUGAGCUGGUGGACAUCUUGAAGAACAUGUUCCUGCCCAGCAAGAAGAUGAUCAAGGAGCAGAUCGAGUGGCUGAUCGAGCACAAGUACAUGCAGCGCGACGAGGAUGACAUCAACACCUUCAUCUACCUGGCCUGAUGCUCGCCCGCCUUCGCCCCCUCUCGGCCCCUGUGCCGGACCGUGUCGAACAACUCACCAGCCGGGGACGACCCCUCCGUGUUUCUCCAGUCAUCCAUCCAGUUUUAUUUUCUCCGAGGAACUGUUGUGAGGUUGGGAGCCGUGCUAUCUGAUGCAGAACAGCGAGCUCCUGCCUCCUUGCAGAGUUAGUUGCAUUGAGAUGGAAGCUGGGUGCAGGGUCAGUGUUAGCUACAAGGGACCAGGAUGCUGACUUUUUCAAUCAGAUCUGUGUUUCUUUGCCUCAUUCUGCUCCGACAUCAUUGCCUUUACUACAGAAUUGUUCUUUCCUGCAGUAAUCAGUUGGACUUCACUGAUCGCAUCCACGAAAUAUGUACAUCCAGCCAUCAAUACAUACUUUACAGCCUCUGUACUGUAGUAAAUUUCACCAUUCCUCAGCAUGUAGUCUCAGACUUGAUACAAUUUGAGAUGAUCCUUUUAACAUUACGGCAAAGAUACUCUUAAAAAAUGUUUUCAAAAAUACUUGAAAUGUAGGCGAUCACCAGAGUGCAAUAAAUGUUUCUAGUAAAAA